AUGUGUGAAGCGAAGCUGGAGCUCGACGUCGUCAGCUGCAACGCUGGGAUCAGCGCGUGCGAGAAAGGAGGACAGUGGCAGCGGGCUCUGGCGCUGCUCAGCGACAUGCGUGAAGCGAAGCUGGGGCCCACUGUCAUCAGCUACAGCGCUGGGAUCAGUGCGUGCGAGAAGGGCAAGCAGUGGCAGCGUGCUCUGGCGCUGCUCAGCGAGCUGCGCAAGGCGAAGCUGAAGCCCGACGUCAUCAGCUACAACGCCGUGAUCAGCGCGUUCGAGAAAGGCGAGCAGUGGCAGCGGCCUCUGGCGCUGCUCGGCGAGAUGUGGGAGGCGAAGCUGGAGGCCAGCAUCAGCUACGGUCGGACCGAG